GGCCUACGAUAUGUUCCUGCGUCAGGAGUGUUCAAUAUAUAAAACAACAUAUUUACAAUCCGCGAAGCUGACCACUGGCUUAAUAUUGUUGACUAUUAUUAAUAAUGGAUUGGGUGUCAUUAACUGUUUUCUUAUUUGUUGUACAAUUUUGCAAUUCAUCCACGCCGUCAGGAUGUGGUGGCCCCCAGCAUCUUUUGCACCCUGUCGGCAGUAUAUCAUCUAUGAACUUUGGUGAUCCGUCCUGGCCUUUCUAUGAACCUGAUGCUAUGUGCUCGUGGAUACUGGAAGCGCCAGUCGGUUAUUUGAUCGAGGUGGAGUUCGAGUAUCUGGAUGUUGGCAUUCUAGACGCAGGUUCUUGUGGUUAUGAUGCCGUUUACAUCUUUGACAGUGAUGUCCCAAUGGGGAAACCAACUGAGAUGGUUUGUGGACAGACGGUACCAUCAUCCCCUUUCAGUUCCACGACCAAUCACGUGUUUAUUGGAUUUGCUUCAGACUCUAAAGGUCAAGGACUAGGUUUCAAAGCAACCUAUCGACAUAUUGUUGCACCAUCGCCGACUCCUCCUGUGAAAGCUGCAUCAGGAUGUGGUGAUCUGAAGUACCGUGUGGACACUCAUGGUACAAUAGCAUCUAUGAACUACGAUGGGCAAACACCAUACGACCCGGAUGCUGAAUGUACCUGGAUUAUAACAGCACCACGUGACAAGCUCAUUUUGUUGACGUUUAAACAUCUAGACUUAGAAGAGGCCAACUGCCAGCGUGAUGUCAUAUUUGUUUUCGAUGGUUCCAUUGAAAACGACACAUCGUCAGCAAUCAUCGGUAAAUUCUGUGGCUCGAAUCUCCCGUAUCCGUUGUUAUCAUCUUCAAAUUUACUGACACUGGUUUUUUUGAGUAGUUCAUCCGUUCAAAAAACUGGAUUUGAAAUAGAAUAUAACGUCACUCAACCAGCUACUUGUUCACAAGGUGCCUACAAGUGUCUUGAUAAAUCAUGUAUUACUGAUAGCAAACUGUGUAAUGGCAAAGUUGACUGUGCUGACGGAAGUGAUGAGUCCGGUUGUUCAGGAAACAGUGUUGACUGUGGAACACCAGUGGUUACCAAAGGACAGAUUGUUGGCGGCACCAAAGCAAAGCCAGGAGCAUGGCCGUGGCAGGUUCAAAUAACGAAGUUAUCCGGUGGUCAUAUCUGUGGAGGAUCAUUGUUAAAUCGACGCUGGGUUCUUUCGGCAGCUCACUGCUUCGCAGCUGAACCUUAUGCAUCAUCGUACAAAUUACACCUCGGUAGUUACAAUAAAUACAGUGAAGAUCUUACUGAACAAGUUCAUCAAGUGGAUUCUAUUAUUAUACACGAUCAGUAUAACAUCGGUUAUGUCUACGACUUUGACAUUGCUUUGGUUAAGUUGAAAAAACAAGUUCAAUUAACGGACUACGUUCGACCUGUUUGCUUACCCGAUGGCAGUGACGUUUACAUGCCGGGGACUGUAUGUUAUGUAACAGGAUGGGGCGAAACGAAAGGAACGGGAUUCGAAACUGUUUUGAAAGAAGCAGGAGUACUACUGAUACAAGACCAACUGUGCAACAGUACAGACUACUACAAUGGAGACAUUUCACCACGCAUGAUGUGUGCUGGCGACGAUGGCGAAGACACUUGUAUGGGUGAUAGCGGAGGCCCAUUAGUGUGUCACAGUGAUGGGGGUGCAUGGGAUCUCGUUGGCAUAACAAGUUGGGGAACAGGCUGUGCAGAUGCAUUUAAACCUGGCGUUUACACCAAAACAUCCCACUUCCUAGAUUGGAUAAAGAACAAAAUAAAUGAAAAUAUGUAAUUACAACUCACAGUUAAAGCAUAGUUACAACUUCUAUUUAAAGUGUAAUAAUUAUAGUACAGUAAUAAUAAUAUUAAUUUAAAAAAAAUUAUGAUGAUUAAGUCAUAAUGUGAUCAUUAUUCACCUUGAUUUUGAAUGUAUUAUCUUGAAAGUACCAAUAUGUUGAAGAAAUAAUCAAAAAUAUUUCAGGAAAAUGUUGUCUAUUAUACUUAAAUUACUUGUGUAUUAAGGUAUAAGGGAUUCAGUUCUGCUUUUUAAAAAACGGUCCUAGUGAGUUGAAUGAGAUAGAUGAUAGUGGAGGAAGAGGUAGGGAGCAAUGCCUCUCCAUUGGAUAGAGAAAACCCACAAAUUGCCGGCCGAAGAAGAAACAAAUCUAGUUUGUAUAACUAAAAUCGAUUAAACCAGCCUUUCAAUUCCCUAAAUCCCCGGUAUUCAACCCCCAGCUCUCCAAAAUAUUUUGAUGUGGCCCGCGCAAAUUUGCAUUUUUUUCGGCCAAUAUUCAGUACUUGUAAAAACAAAGGGUGCUGAAGAGAGUGUCUUGACCACGUCAACAUCACCAUGGUUGGCGCUGCGGUACGAAUAUUUUCAGUAUUUUGUACAUCUGGAUGCCGGGAAAUGGAACUUAAAUUACAUUUUUAAAUUAUUUUUUCAUUAUUCAAUCAUCUAUAUUACAGUAUCCUAAAACAAUCAAAAAGAAAAGUUAAGUCGAGUUAUAUUGGGAUUUUUCAUCAGAAAUAUAAAGUUUGUAUUGGUCACUUGCAUAUAAUGUAAGAUUAAGCUAAAUGAUCGUCACAAAGUGGGACCCAGAAAUUGUAUAUAAUGGGGGAGGGGGGUUGUUUCAGGGAAGAUCGUUUCACAGAUGGAGAGUCUAGAUUAAAUUUAUGAUUAUGGCACUUCUAGAUGGCCGGAAAUUGCACCAUAAGACUUAAAAUUUGAAUAUAAUUUGUUUUCUUGAAUUUUUGAAAAUUUAGGAGGGGGUGCUGGGCCCCCUUCGAAUCCGCCACUGCACAAUUGUAAUUUCCGGAAAAUUAAAAACAAAAUAAAAACCAUAAAAUACUUGCUGAGUUAAUAAGCCAUAGAUUGUACUUCAGUCUAAAAGUAUUAAAAUAACUAAUUAAUUUUUGAGUAUUUUAAUUAGUGAGAAACUUUUUUCGUUCCAAUUUGGAUUAAAAGAUAACGUACUAAAUCUAGAAAAUACGAAUCAAGCAAUUAAAGUGUUGAUAAAUAUUGUUGAUUUUUUUUUUAGCUUUAUCAAGGGAUUAGCCCAUUUUCUGUUUGAUAGGAAAUAAAUAUAAAAGGUAAAAACUCUGAAAGACUUGUUGAGUUAAUUCAAUAUCAAUUUAUAAAAAAAAAUACCCCCAGGCUGGGGAAGGUAAAAUAUAUAAAAUACAAAUUAUAAUGAUAUAAUAAAAUGUACUAAUUAUCUAAUUAUAUAUAGAAGUAAAGUAUUAUUAUCCACAUAACAAUUUACCUUAUUAUCCAAAAGGAAUACAUUACAAAGACGCCUGCAAGCGAUUUUUUUAACUGGUGGCUGGUCUUAAUAAUAUCUAUCUAUGUUUAUAACAUUUUGGAAUAUAAUAAUAUUCGAUUUUUUUGAAGCAUUGACUAACUUUCAGUUGUUUUGAAUGUAUGCUAUUUUCCUUUGAUAUUAUUACAACUCUAAAUGCGCUCAUAUUCACAAGGGUUUGUAUCACUGCUUGUAUUUCUUGAUUUUCUUUAUUUAUUUACGAUAUAUCUAAAAACCAUUAUGCUAUUACGGUGCCAAACACAUUAAAUUUUAAAACACACCUCCAUUGUUCCAGUUAGACCUUAGCUACUAUUGCUAACUAUAGGGAUUUACAGUACUUCUUUGUUUCUGUAAUUAAACAGGUUAUUUUUUUAUCAUAUAUAUUUAGCUUGAUAUUCCAAUUAUAUCUAUUUGAUGUCCAUGAAUAUUAGUAUCUUGUGAACCA